AUGACGUCACCAUCAGCUAAUGUCCUACACGGAUUAAAGAUGGCGCCCUCUCAUGCGCUGAGGUGCUGCAAACGGGCUCUGAACUGGGUACCUGUCCUGUUUAUAAACCUGGUCGUUGGUUGGUCUUAUUACGCGUAUGUUGUGGAGCUCUGUGUCUAUACAAUCCCAAAUAAUGCAGAACGAAUCAGCUAUUUGGUUGUCUUUCACAUUUUCCUCGCCAUGUUUAUAUGGUCCUACUGGAAAACUAUCGGGUCCAGACCAGCCGGCCCCUCAAAAGCGUUCGGUCUGCCCAGAGCAGAGAAGGAGCUGUACGAGCGAGAGGAGCGAGCCGAGACACAACAAGGGAUUCUGAAGAAAGUGGCGAGGACUUUACCUGUGUACACACGCACAGCAGGUGGAGCCGUCCGAUACUGUGACCACUGCCAGGUCAUCAAACCCGACCGCUGCCAUCACUGCUCAACCUGUGAGAUGUGUGUGCUAAAGAUGGACCAUCACUGCCCCUGGGUGAAUAACUGUGUUGGCUUCUCAAACUACAAGUACUUUGUCUUGUUCUUGGCCUACGCCUCACUCUACUGUGGAGUCAUUUGCGCAACAGUCAUCCAGUAUUUUAUCAAAUUCUGGACCAAACAGCUGCCUGACACGCAUGCCAAAUUCCACAUCUUGUUUCUGUUUUUCGUGGCGGCCAUGUUCUUUAUCAGCAUCCUGUCACUCCUCAGCUACCAUCUAUGGCUUGUGGGGAAGAACAGGACCACUAUAGAGGCUUUUAGGGCUCCCAUGUUCACGAAUGGUCCAGACAAAAACGGGUUUUCUCUAGGCUUCAGCCGAAAUGUAGCUGAGGUGUUUGGAGACCAAGCAAAGUACUGGAUGUUUCCUGUUUUCUCAAGUCUGGGAGAUGGGCAUUCCUUUGUUACCAGACUGGUGCACAUUGAUCCUGAGCAAGCAAACAGUGUCCUCCAGCAAAAUGGCAAAGGCCCUGCUGAUGGGGAGACCAACCCUUGUGUAAUUGGUAACAAUGUACACACAGCGGACGACAGCAAAGAGAAAAAUGAAGGAGGCCAGAUAGUCUCCGUGACGAUGGAGAGUGAGCCAUAGCAGGUCGCAGGCACAUCGGUAAAGAGCUCAUCAACUAUGAUGCCUUAAACCAGGAGCAUCAGCACCUCUACAGCAGACGUCCUCCACCCUCAUCCUUCAUCUAGCGUGCUUUAAACUAGCACCACAACAAUACUCUUAUCACAUGAGCAGAGACUGUACCAUGACCUUGUGGACUGCAGCGGUCUGAAGCAGACGUGAUUCACAGGUUUUGUCUUUGUUUUGAGCCAAAGACGUUCAAGUGUUUUGUCAUUGUUGUUGAACAAACUCUGGGACUGCUUUUUCACCCUCGAGCCAACUCCACCCACACUGUCCGUGUUUAUCGACAUGGAUUACUCACAUUCUACAUUUCAACUAGAAAAUAAUACUUUGUCAGUAUUAAUCAAGCAUUAAUAACUAAACCUGGUUAUGUCUGAUGUAGAGCAGUGGGAGCUACUUCAGUGAUAUUUGUGUAACUCCUCAUACUGUACAAAAUGAUGAACAUUUCAACACUGUCAGCAGUGUGUUCAGUUUUAAACUCCAAGCACAGUGCAAUUAUUAAGACCAGUAGUCAGUUAUCGCAUGGUCUAAUUUAGUUUACAGUUUACAUGUUUGAAAAUCUUUGUUUACACUUUUAAUAUUUAUUUUGUACAUUUCAGAUUUUAUACUAUGGUUAAACAUACAGGCGAUGUGAGCUUAAAAUGUGAGGACCAAAACCAGUUUGAAUGCAGUUAAAAUGAUUUUUUAUCACAUUUCACAUAACUAUUUCAGAUGCAUAACCAGUAGAUCUCCAGUAAUGCAGAGUCGUUAUCAAUUGCCAUUUUCCAUUGCACUAUGAACAUUUGUAAUUUAUUUGUUUUAAAGCUUUUAUAAGUUGUGUUGUCUUUCAGUAUCUUGAUUUAAUUGUAAUGGCAUAUUUAAUUUAAUUGAAUGAGUUUAGUUAAAUCGAUUGUUUGCUCUCUGCAUUGUCCACAGAAUGUUGUCAUGUUCAUGAUCAAUCCUUUGCCACAGUAUGUGUUUGGAUUUAAAUCAAUCAAGAGCAUUAAUGCCAAGGAUUAAAUCGGUAUUCUUUCCAUUUGUUUUUUUUUUUUUUUCCAGUUUGGUGAUUAUUUGAAAGCUGGAAAAAAAGUGCAUAAAAUAAAACCACAGUAAAAUUGUUAAAAGAUCUUGCCAGAAAGGUCAGGGACAGUUGCUCCACCGUGUCCUUGAGCCUGAAUGAGAAUAGAUAAGAUGAGCUUUAUAUACCAGUGAUGAAGGAGUGGGCUACGGUCCUCAUAAAUACUUUUCUCUGUACUCCUGGCAGCUCUCAUUAUAUGACAUUCCUUUGAGUGGAAAUGAUGCACAGCACAGUAUGAGUGAUCAGUAGAUAGUGUUCAUGUGUAGAUACUUCUGAUUGUAGCACAUGUGAAUGUAGUCACAGAAGCUCACAGUAGUUUAAUGACUAACUCCACUGACUGAACCAAGCAGCUCGAGCUGCCCAUGUAGGUCUGUUAAAGAACUGCUGUUUUAAUGAGAUGGACCAACUCACGCAGGUUGAGCUUCAUUGUUCUGUAACAAUA